AUUAAGAGUGUUCCCGUCGGUGGCUCUUCUAGUGUUCGGUGUGCGACUAUCGAUCUAUUCAUCAAUUUGGUAUCUCCAUCAAAUAUCGCGGAUUAUAGUGAGAAUCUUCACCAGCAGCACGAGGAACAAGACUUGAAGUUUUCCGUGCGCGUUUCUAGUUCCACAACGUGUGCGUGAUUGAUUCUCUUUCCGUGACCAAUAGUGAAUAGUGUGGGUCCAGUUGACACUCGGUAUUUUUUUCCUGUUUUAUACCGUUUGGUCUCUGUGUGUGUAUUCGUCCCAAGUCGUCACUGUUGUUCCGUUCGUGUUGUGUUGAUGCAGAGAUGUGAUUUCUUUAAUUCGGCAAACGACAGCUGAACGCGCUCUUCGGGUCCAGAUUUUUGUUAUGUUGCGACCGUCGCCUCACGCGUUCAAGUACGUGCGUUUGAGGUCGGUAGUUUUUUUUCAUUUGCUUGAAAGAUAUCUGCUUCAGUGAUACGAAUAACAACGAUUCGCUCGGUUUGUGAAACCUGUGCCCAAAACCUGCAAAUCCAUCAAGUUGAAACCAGCAUUCGAUUUCUGUGUUGAGUGGAGAACUGCUACUGUGCGGCAUUAGAAGGCAGUAGGAGCAGAAGCACCGACCCCAUCGACAAAAAACAAUUUCCACCGGAGAUCGCUGCUGUUUGGUGACUAAGUUCAUUAAAAGCUAUGCAGGUUCAGUGAAAUAGUGAAGAUAUUCAACCAGUGGCUCUGUGCAGCGCAAUUAUGGCUUUCAGUUUAAAAAUGUUCCUUAGCUUAGUGCUGUUUCUAGCGUUUACCUGUUCGUGCCUGAUGGAUGCUGUCAAUGCUGAUGCUGCUCUAGUCGGUAUUAGGGAACCUUGCGCGAACGAAGGUGAAGAGGUCAAAAUCGACAUGACGGCGUGCUACAAAUGCAUCUGCAAGAAUGGAUUUGUGGAAUGCGAACCAGAGAGCUGUCCUGCAGUUGACGAUUGUUAUUUGUACAACAAGAAGGCACCUGGAAGGUGUUGUGAUAAGUGUGUCGGUUGCUUAUACGAAGGCCGAAUGAUAGACAGUGGGACAGAAUGGACCGAUCCGGACGAUCCCUGCGAGCACUUCAAGUGCGUUUCCGGUGUAAUAACGCGGUCGCGCAUCAAAUGCUACACCCCCUGCUCGAAUCCGCUUCCCCUGAAGCAUGGCCAGUGCUGUCCAAUAUGCCUAGGAUGCCAACUGAACGGUCAGAAAGUAACGAACGAGGCCACACUGAGUGAGGAUCCGUGUGUCAAAUGUACCUGCGACGGACGAAAGCUGACCUGCACGAAAAAGUCUUGUCCGGUCCUCCAAUGUCCAGCCUCGAAGCAGAUUCGUAUCCCGGGGGAAUGUUGCGCCCGCUGUAUGGAACGUCGAGAAGAGUUCAAACUGGGACUUCAGAAACAUUGUGUCAUCGGUAAGGCUGUCCACUUUCAUGGGGCCACGUACAAAGCGGACCAGUGUGCGUCGUGUGAGUGCCGUAAUGGAACAACGUUUUGCGAGAAGAAUACCUGUCCUGUGCUAGAGUGUGCCAUCGAAGAUCAGGUUCAAGGACUAAAUGAUUGCUGCCCGUCUUGUCCGAUGCCGGCCGAGUUCAAGUCAACGUGUACGCAUCGGGGUCAGGUGUAUGAGAACGGCGAAACAUGGAGUUUGAAUGCGUGUACCUCUUGCGAGUGCCGAUCUGGCGAAGUGCGGUGCGCCAGAAGCCAGUGUCCUCCGCAGAAGUGCAAACCUAACGAGACGCUCAUCAAGCCAAAGGACGAAUGCUGCUCGAAGUGCGUCGAAAGUCCCGGAGUGUGCACCGUAUUUGGCGAUCCGCACUACAAAACGUUCGAUGGGUAUUUCUACAGCUUUCAGGGAUCGUGCAAGUACCAGCUUACGGCCGAUUGCAAGGAUCACACGUUUUCGAUACGGGUGACGAACGAUGCUCGGUUGACCAAAUCUUCAUCCUGGACCAAGACUGUAACGCUAAAGCUGGGAAACUUGAAGGUUAACUUGGGACAGAAAAUGCGAGUCAAGAUCAAUGGCAGUAGAGUGGAUCCUCCGUAUAAGCUGGAUGGGGUUUUGGAUGUCUUCAAGAGUGACGAUGGCACAGAGGUGAUUGUAAGUACCACCCUUGGGAUAAAACUGACCUGGGAUGGAAACAACUUCAUUCAGGUGGAGGUGCCGGUCAUAUACAAGAACAAGCUAUGCGGACUUUGUGGGAAUUACAACAGCGUUUUCCGAGAUGAUUUGUUCUCCAGAACUGGGGUUAACAUGACCGAUAAUGUUUGGAAAUUCGCACAGUCUUGGGCGGUUGGUGGAGAGAAAGCAUGCACACGGCCAAGGAAGAAGGAACUGAUUGCAAAGAAUUCUCAAUGUAGGCCGAAGAAGUUUUUCACGUUCUGUAAGAUUUUGAAGACGGAUGUCUUUGGUGAAUGCAAUUCUCAACUGAAUCCGGAAAACUACUUUGAGUCGUGCAAGAUUGAUAUGUGUGAGUGUCCACAUAAGCAGUGCUAUUGCGAUAGUUUAGCAGCGUAUGCCCACGAAUGUCAACGACAGGGAAUUCGGUUACCCAACUGGAGGCGCGAUACUAACUGCUACCCUAAUGCGACAAACUUUUUCACAUCCCAUCAUCAACAUCUGUUGAUGCAGCAGCCGGUGGGGCCUCAGAAAAAACGUCACCAACAGCCUACGCAAAGACAGCAGAAAAAUGCGAUAGUCAGCUCGCAGCCUAACCACCGGAAAAAGCAUCGACUGCAGUCAUCACAUGGGCCAUUAUUGGAUCCCAGCACUCGACGAGCACCACCACCACUGUAUUCCUAGACCAACUUAAGGACAUGGCCAGAAGUGAGGCAUGACUAGAAUGCGAUUUAUUUAUUACUUCAUGUAACUGUAAGGUCUGUGAAUUUAACUCGAUUUCAUAGAUUUGAAUGAUACAUUUUCCACUAAUUAGUGGUAAAUCAGUUACCAUCAAAAUCAGUCUGAUAGAUCCAGAUUUUUAACUACUUAAAUCGACAAAAGCAUUGAUCCUUGCAAUUUCUUGAGAAAUCUAAAUAAUAGUCGCAUUUAGGGAGAGACAUAGUAUCGUAAAGGGGAGUGAAAAUCAGUAAGAUUAGAGUGAGAUCGAGUGAUUGCGAAAGGUGGAAGACACGUGACUCUAUAGGUGAAUGAUUUUAUUUGAGAGCUCAGUUGUAGACAUUUUAACUUAAUUAUUGGUAAUUUAUUGCUUUUUACUGUAGUAUAGCCUGAAAACCGUUGCGAAAUAUUUGAACUAUAUGUUUUGACAACAGAAUGCCAAAAUCAGCGGAAAAAUGCAGCAGGGUACGGAAACGGCCGGCACGAACGAAACUCAUUAGUGCGUUAUGUAGUACUCUACUAGAGAUUGUAAAUAUGUUUUUAGCUUAGUAGGGAGAAGUAUCUCGUCCUGUUUAUGAGGAUCAUGUUUGUUUGACUAUUUGUACAUUUGUUUUUUAUAUUUUGCUAGUGCGGUAAAACGAACCUACUCUUUUGUACAGAUAAUUUAAGCUAGGGUUUCAUCGAAGUUCAUCAGUAUUUAUUUAACUUUUCACCGAACAGUAGGUAAGUUUAAACAAUAAUUGUAAAAGUCAUUGGCUCGAGGAAGCCUCAAUAUGUUCAGAAAGCAUUGUCAAAUUUUUCACAUAGCGGCUCCACAAUUUCUAAAACAUAUUUUUAGGCAACUGGGGUAUUUCAAGGAAUGAUUUUACGACUUUUGCAAUUCGUUUUUGUCAUUUGGUCUUGAAUAAUUACCCAAAAAAACACGUCGAGUGUCCAUAAAAUUUAA